AUGUAUGGUGCAACGUUGACUGUUUUACAAAAAGUUAUUGUUGAUGGAUCAACUUAUUUUCAGCAUGGUGAUGCAGAUAGUGGUUACAAUACCUUGACCUUAUUUGAGUUUGUAUUGAUCUUGCAUUUGAUGAAAGAUAUUAUGGGAAUAACUGAUAUUCUUUGUCAAGCCUUACAAAAGCAGUCUCAAGACAUAGUUAAUGCUGUGCAACUAGUUCAUUCUACAAAAACACUUAUCCAAAGCAUGAGAGAUGAUAGAUGGGAGGAAUUAUUAAAAAAUGUGAAAUCAUUUUGUGAACAACAUGAUAUUCUAAUUCCUGAUUUAACUGCUUCUUAUGUUGCAAGGCAAGGACGCUCGCAUCACCAAAAAGAUCUUAUUACAGUUGAGCAUUAUUUUAGAGUGGAGAUAUUUCAAGCAAUGGAUCUACUAAGUCUGAGCUCUACUCUCAUGCCUAAGGAUGCUUACAAAAAUUUUGAUAUUGCUAAGAUUUCUACUCUUGUUGACAGCUACUAUCCCGAAGACUUUACUGAAUAA